GGGGCUGCUGCGGCUGCCGAGGAGCUGCUGGAGGAUCGCAGGCCCGACUCGCCCGCCCGCCCGCCGCCCGCCCCGCUCGCCGCCUCGCCCGCCCGCCGCCUCGCCCGACCAUGAAGUGGAUGUUCAAGGAGGACCACGCGCUGGAGCAUCGGUGCGUGGAGUCCGCCAAGAUCCGAGCCAAGUACCCCGACCGCGUCCCGGUGAUCGUGGAAAAGGUGUCUGGAUCCCAGAUUGUGGACAUCGACAAGAGGAAGUACCUGGUUCCCUCGGACAUAACCGUGGCUCAGUUCAUGUGGAUCAUCAGGAAGCGGAUCCAGUUGCCCUCCGAGAAGGCCAUAUUCCUCUUUGUAGACAAGACGGUCCCCCAGUCGAGUUUAACCAUGGGACAGCUUUAUGAGAAGGAGAAGGAUGAGGAUGGCUUCUUGUACGUGGCUUACAGUGGAGAAAACACCUUUGGUUUCUGAUUUCAUUUCCAUCCUGCUGCUUUGUAAAUAGCCUCCUGUUCUUCAUCAUGACCCCAAGGGGCAUUUUUCAUUUGUCACUGGGUUGAUUUAAUAUAUUGAUAGAUUUUUGUUUGUUAGCUUAGUAAUUUAUAAAAUUUUAUUUUUCCAUUACACGUGUAACCAUAGCUGUAAAUUUCAUUACAUCCUUUGCGCUGGGACAUAUUUAAUGGCAUUAUUCAAAUACAGAUGCAACCAUAGAUAAAGAAUUAAUGAUGGGAGAGGGAUUUUGAAAUUAAAUAUUAGCAUAAUUAAUAAUUAGAGUUUCAUAGAAAUGGCAGUUUCUGUAAUACCCUAAGGAUGCUGAUAUGUUUAUCUUGGUUAGCGUGUUGCUUUUAUUGAAUUUUGCUUAAGAAGCAACAAUUAAAGUUACUGUCACAAAAAUUUUGCAAUACUG